AUGGGCAAAGCCCUCGAGAAUGGCGUGUUCGAACAAUCAGGUCAUCUUCAGCAGGCCCCUCGACUGGUAAUGACUGCGCUCAGCAGUAUGAAAUCGGAUCCGUAUCUACCUCAAGCCCCGCUUCAAGAAUACAUCCAAGAAAUCAUGUCUUGCAAGAAGAAUAUCGGUAUCCAGGGCCGGAAAAAGACCGUCUCUUUUCCCGCCACUAUGCGCACAAUCCCAGACACGCGGCCUGCGACCUGUGCAGUGCGACUUACGUUACCGAAAGGCCAAAUCGGCCAGAUCAUCACCCACAAAUACACUACGGGCUCAUCGCAUCAGGCAAUCAAGUCAUGA